AUGCGUAGCGAACGCGAGCUACAGAUAAGCCCCAUCGUGCAAGAGUCCGUCGUUCACAAUACCAAGACGCGCCCACAGCCUACUGCUCUGCCUGCCCACUUAACUACCAUAUCCAAACAUCUGGUCCCUGCCAACCCGAUCACUAACGUAUGUCUUUCUCGACCACAGACUCUCACGACGCUGCACAAUCUGACAGCCUCCCUCUUCGGCAUCGGCGCCGGCAUUCUGGGCCUCGAGUCCUACCCCGGCUUCCUCUUCUACCUCUUCUUCACGCUGCUCACCUCCGCACUCGUCUAUGUGUUCCGCGUUCGGCCGGGGAUGAUGAAGGAGGCGGAGGCCCAGGGAUCAUCUGGUAUCGAAAGGUAUUUUAGGGGGAGCUUGGAGCUGUGGACGGGAGGCUUGAUCGAGGGGCUGAGCGGCUUUGUCUUAACAUGGACCUUGUUUUACGGUCUGGUCAGGGCGUAA